ACAGAGAAAUUUCAAAAAAAAAAUUAUAAAAAAAUACCAAAACAAAUUUUUAACUACUUAAAUCUUUAAAUUAAAAAUUAGUUUUGAAUUUAAAAAAAUUGUACUAAAGUGAUGCCAAGCAUUUAUAGCGGUUUUUAACAUAAAACGCAAAAACAAAAUUAUUUUCAAUUUACAAAUGAAAUGAUUUUUAAACAUGAAAGUGCAAAUAUUUUUUGUUUUCCUGCUCGUCUUGCUGAGCAAUGUAGCCAGCGCUGACUACCUCGAAUGUUAUGUAUGCGAAGAUUGCGAGGAGAAUGAAGCUCAUUUAGAAUACUGUUCACCAAUAGAAGAAAUUCAAUCUGCCCUCAAACCUGAUCUAGGAACAGAUGAAGUGGCAUCAACAACGGACGCAGAUGAUGUAGACACAACAGUCGAAGAGACCAAUUCCGCAGACAACACAACAGCUUUUACACAUCUUGCAAUUGACGCAGGUAAUGUUACUGCCACAGAUUUGGACUCUACAAAAGUAGGAGUGACAGCAAACUUGACUUCAGCCACCAUAACGCAAACUACAAAUUCCGCAACUGGCAUCAACAACACCACUUUAACCAAUUCGACAACCACUGUAUUAAGUAGUGUACCUCUGGAAGAGCUGACUACAGACGAGGAAGAUCCUGAGAACUCUUCGGAUAUAGAUGACCACACAAUUUCCAAUCAAACCACUGCUGGAACUUUCACUACUAAUGGCAUAAAUGGCACCACUGAAGGCACAAAUCAAACAGCCUUGGGAACAGAAGUCUCUGCGCUAUCGACCUUAAAUACAACAGAAACUACUAAGAUUACAGAGUCGAUGGAUGAAGGCACAACGAAAAACGUGACUGUAAAUAAUGGAACAGCCACAGGUGAAGUUGUACAGACAACUAUUGAAAUCAUGGAGGCAAAUGCAACCACACUCGGAGAGGAUAUGAUGGUAGCGCAGACGAAUAAAACAUCAACUGUAAUGCAGAGCACCACGAACAGUACAGACUCGAAAGAAAGUUUUGAAAACAUGGAGUUGGAUCAUGAAAACUCAACGUUUAUUGAAGAUAAUGCUAUGGAAACUACAACUCUCGAGAUCGCGGAAAACUUUGCGGAAAAUAUUACAUCGACCUCACAAGAAGCUAUUGCGAAAAACUUGACUUCCGUUUUGAAUAACUCCACAACCAGUAAACCAAAUGAAAUAAACACACCUUUAAAGAAUGAAACUGCAGGACAAAGUCACGAAACUACGAUUAAUUUUACUAUAGGUUCAAACUCUACAGUAUCGCCAUUUAUUGAUAUAAAUAUAACAGAUGUACCGGGGCUAACAGUAACAACGAGUGAAGUUGUCGCAAACACGACAAACUUUGCAAGGCCCAAUGGUACAUCACCCAUAAGCAACAUAACAGCAGAGGUGUCUACAAUUACGAAUGGAGUUUUGACUAACGCUACUAAUGGAAAUUUUGGAAAUACAACAUCAAUGGAAGAUCCUAACGAAGUAAAAGUAAGUAACCAAACUGUAGUGGAAAUUGGGUAUGGAUCUGGAAAACCGAAUGGUACAUCACAAAUAGGCACAGUUAACGGAAAUUUUGAAAAUACAGCAAUGGAAGAUUCUAACGAAGUUGAAAUAAGUAACCAAAUUGCAGAGGAAUCUGGAAGACCGAACGGUACAUCACAACUAGGAACUGGUAAUGGAAGUUUCGGGAAUACAGCGUCAAUGAUUGAUCCUAACGAAGUAGAAGUAAGUAACCAAACUGUAGUGGAAACUAGACCGGGAUCUGGAAGACCGAACGGUACAUCUCAAAUAGGAACUGCUAAUGAAAAUUUUGGGAAUACAAUGGAAGACUCCAACGAAGUAGACACGAGUAAUCAAACUAUAGUGGGGGCUCGACCUGAGUCUGGAGGACCGAACGGUACGUCCCAAAUAGUCACGGCUAAUGGAAAUUUUGCGAAUACAACAUCAAUGGAAGACUCUAACGAAGUAGAAAUAAGUAACCAAACUGUAGUGGGAACUGGACCUGAAUCUGGAAGACCGAACGGUACACCACAAAUAGGAACUGCUAAUGGAUCUGGAAGACCGAAUGGUACAUCACAAAUAGCCACAGUUAACGGAAAUUUUGAAAAUACAUCAAUGGAAGAUUCCAACGAAGUUGAAAUAAGUAAUCAAACUAUAGUGGAGGCUAAACCUGAGUCUGCAAGACCGAACAGUACAUCACAAAUAGGUACAGGUAAUGGAAUUGGGUCUGGAUCUGGAAGACCAAAUGGUACAUCACAAAUAGGAACUGCUAAUGAAAAUUUUGGGAAUACAACAUUAAUUGAAGACUCCAACGAAGUAGACACAAGUAAUCAAACUAUAGUGGAGGCUCGACCUGAGUCUGCAAGACCGAACAGUACAUCACAAAUAGGUACAGGUAAUGGAAUUGGGUUUGGAUCUGGAAGACCGAAUGGUACAUCACAAAUAGGUACAGAUAAUGGAAUUUUGUCUGGAUCUGGAAGACCGAAUGGUACAUCACAAAUAGGAACUGCUAAUGAAAAUUUUGGUAAUACAACAUUGAUUGAAGACUCUAACAAACUAGACACAAGUAAUCAAACUAUAGUGGAGGCUCGACCUGAGUCUGCAAGACCGAACAGUACAUCACAAAUAGGUACAGGUAAUGGAAUUGGGUUUGGAUCUGGAAGACAGAAUGGUACAUCACAAAUAGGAACAACUAAUGAAAAUUUUGUGAAUACAACAUCAAUGGAAGACUCCAACAAAGUAGACACAAAUAAUCAAACUAUAGUGGAGGCUCGGCCUGAGUCGGCAAGACCGAACAGUACAUCACAAAUGAACACAGGUAAUGGAAUUGGGUCUGGAUCUGGAAGACCGAAUGGUACAUCACAAGUAGUCACGGCUUAUGCAAAUUUUGGAAAUACAACAUCAGUGGAAGACUCCAACAAAGUAGACACAAGUAAUCAAACUAUAGUGGAGGCUCAACCUGAGUCUGCAAGACCGAACAGUACAUCACAAAUAAACACAGGUAAUGGAAUUGGGUAUGUACAAGUAGUCACGGCUAAUGGAAAUUUUGGGAAUUCAACAUCAAUGGAAGAAUCUAACGAAGUAGAAAUAAGUAACCAAACUGCAGUGGGAACUGGACCUGAAUCUGGAAGACCGAACGGUACACCACAAAUAGGAACUGCUAAUGGAAGUUUCGCGAAUACAACAUUAAUGGAAGACUCCAACGAAGUAGACACAAGUAACCAAACUGCAGUGGGGGCUCGACCUGAGUCUGGAAGACCGAACAGUACAUCACAAAUAGGAAUAGCUAAUGGAAAUUUUAGAACUAUAGCAUCCAUUGAAGACUCUAACGAAAUAGAAAUGAAUAACCAAACUUCAGCAGGGACUGGACUCACAAGAGAAACCACUGUGAGUUCUUUGGUGUUGACAAAUUCUACACAAUUCGCAGUUGAAAACACAACAACAGCUGGAAGACCCAACAGCACAUUACAUAUAGCAAUUGAUAGCGGAAACAUAACUUCAAUGGAUGAGUUCAACAAUCAAACCUUGAGCAACGAAACUGCAAUGGGCACCAAACCUAUAGGAGAAGUUACCGCUAGCUCUUUGGUAACUACAAAUACCACAAACACCAUUCUUUUGAAUGCAACUGAUAUGCCGAAUCAAACGGGAAGUACAAACGGAGUUUUGACCAAUACAAAAACUGUCGACGGACUUCAGGGUGCAUCACAAACAGGAGUUAUUGGUGGAAAUUUCGGAAAUAUAACAGUCGAUAUUAGUGAAGAGCUGAAUGGUACAAAACAAGUCAAUAUAAAAGCUCCCGAUUUACAGCAAAUGCCCGGAACUACAAAUGUACAUAUUUCAAGCACAACAGCAGCGGCGAACUCAAACGGAACUAGAGAAGCAUUUCCAACAGAAGAGGGCAUGGAGGGACUGUUAGAAACUAACAGUGUAAAUUUUGAAUUGAUGGAAGUACCAAACGGCAUAACGCAAGCGGAAAUUAAUUCUGCAAGCUCAAUAAAACCAUCUAAUACUAACGGUGUAUUACAAUUAACAACUGCGGAAGCUUCUAUUUUAGAUGGAAAUUUAGCGAGCAAAGGAGAUUCAUCCAGUUCACUUUUCGCAACUGAGAAAGAAAAAUUAUUACCCAAAACUUUGAAACACUCCAGAUCCACUCUCUCUAAGAUCAAUACAGAUAAAGAGGUGUUUAAUACCAAAAAAGCAACUGCAGUAAGUGAAGUUCAACGGGACGCUUUGCGAAUGCACCAGGCAAACGAAUUUAAAUUUGCUCGAGAUGAAUUGAAGCUAAAUCCCGCACGAUUCAUACAGCACAAAUAUAGCAGAAUUGGCAACGCGGCGGGCGUGAAGUUGGGGAACAUAACCUAUAAAUGCUACAGCGUGCGUGUCAAAGGCAAAAAUAAGGUGCAAUUAAAUAAAGGUUGUGUGGCAGUGCCAGCGGAGAAGAACGCCUGUGAAUUACUAGCAGCUAAAUAUGGCAAGGAAGCUUUGGUGGAUUGCGAAAUAUGCGUAAAGGGUAAAUGUAAUCGGAGCAGCAGCAUUGGUUUGAAGUUGUCCCAGAAAAGUUUGGCCUUAAUAAUGUUACUCGGUUGGUUACUAGGCGGAAUUUUGAGUUAAUCUUUUGUUUAGUAGCUAUGGCUAACAAUUCAAUUUAUACCAACUUAAUUGUAAAUAUAAGAACAUCUUAAAUAACUGGCUGAGCUUAAAUAAAUAAAUUAUC